AUGGCACCUACCAAAGUCAAGUCCCUGACGGCCGAUCAGGUGGUCCAGCACCGAACGAAGGACAGCUUAUACCUGGUCAUUCACGACAAGGUUUACGACGUGACCAAUGGAGGUCAAGAAGUGCUCAUCGAUCAAGGCGGCGUCGACGCAACGGAAGCAUUCGAAGAGGUCGGACACAGCGAAGAGGCCCGGAAAACGCUGGCGAGUCUCCAUAUUGGCAAUCUGCGACGUCAGGCCGGAGACGAAAAGCUACUAGCCGCGUCCGGGAGCGCAUUCAAGAGCUACGCCGCCGAUACCAAGGGAGGGGUGCCGGCCAUUUUCCAGGCCGCGAUUGUCUUCGCGGUGGGCGUGGCUGUCUUUCUUGGAUGGAGAUAUCUAUUAGAUCAAGACGGAACCGCCAAGUCCCAACUGUAA